CCCAGCCCCCUGUCUCUCACGGUGACCGACUGACCUGCAAGCCAAACGGGUUCACUCCAGCAUGGCCCUUUGCUCUGGACGAAAGGCCCACUCAAAGGCCACCCCCUCGGCAUCACCGCACAGUGGUCCUCGGGAGGAGCACGACAAGGGCGGUGCCACCGGUCCUCCGAGGGAGGAACAACCAAAAAUGCCGGCAGAACUGGAAGGGCCGGAAUGGAAGCAGAAGUGGCAGAGAGUGUUAGACGAACGCUGCAAGGAACUGAAGGGUCAGGCGAAGUACCUGAAGGUUGACAAGGAGGUCCUCGAGCAGGUCAUUUCUGGAAUCGAGGACCGAAGGGAUCAAUGCGAGGGCUGCCACUUGCUGGAACGAUUCCGCAUCGUGGAUGACACCAAAAGACAUGAGGGUGUCAAAAAGAAAGAUGGGCAUCAGGAGGCAGGCUUGCGAUUUGAAGUGGUGUUCAAAGAGCAGAGCGACCAUCCCCCUUCCAACAUCCAACAGGAAAAAGAAGCCCUUGAGAAUUUCUCUUCGAGUGAGACUGCACGGGAAGAGUUGCCACAAUUGGUUGCUGCGCUGCUCAAAGCCGUCAACUUGCCCGCCGAGCGUGCGAACCUCCGCGGAGCGCAUUUGCAGUACGUGCAGCUGCAGGGCGUUUGUUUGGAGAAAGCGAACCUCCAGGGUGCCGACCUGCGCGGCGCCGAUUUGCGCGGCGCCAACCUGAAGAAGGCACAGCUGCAGGCAGCAGAUUUGAGAGGCGCCAAGCUGAGAGGAGCCAAUCUUGAUGGCGCCUCUUUGCAUGGAGCCACCCUGGUGAAUGCUGAGCUCCAAGACGUCAAGUUUCGGCUUACAGAUCUCACAGGAGCCAAUCUCUUUGGAGCUGACUUGACUGGCGCGCAGAUGAUGAGUGCAGAGUGGCAGAAGGGCAAAGCCCCCAUUUGCCUUAAUAUCAAGUGUCCGCGUGUGCCCCUGGGUUCGUUUUCCAAGAAGGCCCGGCAUGAAAGUGCUGGGCAGAUGAUGAAGCAGAUGUUCUUGGGCCGCGAAGAUCGAGAGGAGUUGGAUGACACCGAGGAUGAGACGGACGAGACCACAAAAGGCGUGCCCUCAGAUCAAGAGGACACGCUGUACUCCGAGCGCUCCGAGUGCGUCCCUUUGCUCGACUGCUGUGGAUCGUCAAUUGUGCCUGUCGAUGUCGAGCCGGACUUGCUCAAAAGGUUUGAAACUGCAGUGCAGCAAGUCGAGCGUCAUUUGGGCGAUGGGGACAUGGCACAGGUGAAGGUCUUGCGAAAGAUGAUGGAGGAAAUGAAGAAAGACACUUUCACAAAGAACGUGGAACCAUUGCUGAAGGCCCAGGCCCAGGCGAAAGAGGCGAAGGCCGAGCCGGAGUUGAUCACCACCCUCGAGGAGUUGGCGCGUUUGGCGGACAAGCCCACGGGUGGCAAGUUCACCAAAGCAGUGACCGACUUUGCGGCACAGCUGAUCAAAGUUGAAGGAUUGGCGGUUCCUGAAGAGACUUGUGACAAAGCAAAGGACACAGGUUCCAAGGAAGCAAAGGUGAUAGUCACACGGAUCAAGAAGUUGAUUGACUUUCAACUGACAGCGCCCACGAGUUAUUCCUCCGGCUUUGCUUGUUUCAUCCCCCCUUUUCAGAUGACCUCCGAUUUGCGGGAAUUAGAGGACAUGCUGGGCCACAUCGAGAAGCUGCAGGAAACGGUCAACGUGAACAACUGGGAUGACAUCAUCGACAACUUUGUUUGCAUGCUGAAGUUGCAAAGUCAGCUGACCGGGGAGCGCAGCCGCUCCGUGUUUUUGGCCAUGUGGAAGGGGGAGAAACUGCGACAAUCGGUGGGAGUGGCCAAGCUCUUUCAGGAGGUGAACAACCACAAUGACCCUCCCAACUUUGUGAUGCACAAGGUCAAAGAUGCCGUCCAGGUUGUCAAAGAGGAUGCUUUGGCAUGGAGAACGGCUCUGAAGAAGGAGAUUACGUCUAUCAAUCGAGCGAAGGCGCGGCAAGACUUCCUGAUCCAGUGUAUUUGCCAAGGUAUUCUGGUCUUCUUCUCCACCACCCUCUCCCUGCUCAUCUCUUUAUUUCUGAGACCAUACGUUGAGAAGAAAUUCAUGUCUGGUUCAGAGUCCACUCCACCCGGCGAGUGAGCUAGAUUUGCAAAGCACCUCGGGAGCUGCUCGAGGCUGAUGUACUACACUAUACUGUACUAACAUGUAUGUUCCUCAAAGAACCUGG